AUGGCGCACUUCGUGUUCGAGGCGGACCUGCACGGGCUGCUGAAGCUGGACACGCCGAUCCCCAACGCCCCGCCCGCGCGGUGGCAGCGCAAGGCCAAGGAGAGCGCCGGCCCCAGCCCCGCCGCCAGCAUGUCGCCCAUGAAGCCGGCCAACCGCUCCUACAGCGGCAGCAAGACGCCGUCCAAGACCCCCGGCAAAUCUGGAUCCAAAGUCCAGAGCACCCCAACAAAAGCUGGGGGGGAUCGCUACAUUCCCAACCGCAGCACGAUGCAGAUGGAAAUGGCCAAUUUCCUCCUAACCAAAGAAAAUGACCCUGCUGAAAAUUCCCCUACCAAGAAGGAGCAACAGAAAUCUUGGGCAGUGAAUCUUAAUGGCUUUGAUGUAGAAGAGGCUAAGAUUCUCCGCCUUAGUGGAAAGCCACAGAACGCUCCAGAAGGCUAUCAGAAUAACCUGAAAGUGCUCUACAGCCAGAAGACUACACCUGCUUCCAGUAGGAAGCAUGGUAGAUACAUUCCCUCAAUGCCAGACCGGAUCCUGGAUGCACCAGAGAUUCGCAAUGACUAUUAUCUGAAUCUCAUUGACUGGAGCUCUCAGAACUUCCUGGCAGUGGCUCUGGACAACUGCGUUUAUCUGUGGAAUCACUCUUCUGGGGAAAUCAUCCAGCUGCUGCAGAUAGAGAAUCCAGAUGAUUAUGUAUCCUCUCUGUCAUGGAUUAAAGAAGGAAACUACCUUGCUGUUGGCACAAGAAAUGCUGAGGUCCAGCUAUGGGACAUACAGCAGCAGAAGCGUCUCCGAAGUAUGACCAGCCAUUCUUCUCGGGUGGGAUCCCUCAGCUGGAACAGCUACAUCCUCUCCAGUGGGUCACGGACUGGCCACAUCCACCACCAUGAUGUCAGAGUGGCUGAGCACCACGUGGCCACUCUUACUGGCCACACACAAGAGGUGUGCGGACUCAAGUGGUCUCUAGAUGGUCGCUACCUGGCCAGUGGUGGCAACGACAACCUGGUGAACAUCUGGCCAUCUGUCCAGGGAGACAGCGGAGACUUCACUCCUGUACAGACCUUCACUCAGCACCAGGGUGCUGUCAAGGCUGUGGCAUGGUGUCCGUGGCAGUCAAAUGUCCUAGCCACUGGCGGUGGAACCAGCGACAGACACAUCCGCAUCUGGAAUGUCUGUUCCGGCACCUGUCUCAGUGCUGUUGAUGCCCACUCCCAGGUCUGUUCUAUCCUGUGGUCAACAACCUAUAAAGAGUUCAUUUCAGGCCAUGGCUUUGCACAGAAUCAGCUGGUGAUAUGGAAGUAUCCAACAAUGGCCAAGGUCACUGAACUUCGAGGUCAUACUGCCCGAGUCCUGAACUUAACCAUGAGCCCAGACGGUGUAACAGUAGCGUCGGCAGCUGCUGAUGAAACACUGCGGCUUUGGCGCUGUUUUGAGAUGGAUCCCAUAAAGAAGAAGGAAAAAGAGAAGGCAAACAGUGCCAAAAGCAGCAUCAUUCACCAGGGCAUCCGAUAAGUGCACAGGGUUGGUGUUGUGGGAAGCUGGGACAUUGGCUUACACACUGUACAGUAUUUUAAAUGUUAAUAAACAGCUUUAAUUUGCCUUUGCCUUUUAAA